AUGACCCCCGUUCGCCAGCUUGGUGUGGCAGACAUCGCCAUCAUCGCGAGCAUCGCAUAUCUCAUCCAUCUCAUCAUCAAACGUCGUCGAGCGACAAAAAGUAUCUCUACCCCCCUCAAGGGACCACCCAGCAAGAGCAGAAUAUUUGGAGUUACUCAAGAUCCACAGUUUUUCACCGAUUCUGGAGCACUGUAUGAAGAAUGGGGAGCAAAGUACGGUUCUGUGUAUACGAUUCCCAUGAUUUUGGGGAGGAAGAAGACGGUGUUGUUGGAUCCGAAGGCGAUUAGCAAUUUCUAUGUGAAGGAGACGUCGGUUUAUGUUGGAACGCCGUUUUCGAAGAAGUUUAUUGCGAGAAUUUUCGGAAAAGGACUUUUGUGGGCUGAAGGAGAAAGUCACAGAAGACAACGCAAAGCUCUCACACCGGCCUUCAGCAACGCGGCACUUCGAAGGCUUACUGCUGUUUUCUACGACUCGGCGUAUAAGCUCAAAACCCAUUGGGACAACCAGCUGGAGAACCACCCGGAUGGAGACGUCAUUGAAGUACAGGAUUGGAUGAAUCACGUUGCACUCGAUAGCAUCGGUAUCGCUGGCUUCUCUCAUGAUUUUGGAUCUUUGGAUGGGAAACCAUCAUCCGUCGUCCACGCCUUUGAAUCUUUAGGGACAGCACCAUCAACUACGUUCGGAAGAAUUCUAUUUUUGCUCUCGUUUGUAUUUCCAUGGUUGUUCUACGUGCCAACGGAGAGAACGAAUAAGCUGUUGGAGCUGAGGAAGAGUAUGACGCAAAUUGCGAAUGAGAUGUUGGCUAAGAGUAGAAGAGCUGGAGAGGACAACUCAAUUAUUGGGUUAUUGAUCAAAGCAGAAAACAGUCAUGAGAAAGGGGAGGGUGAAUUGCAUAUGACCGCGGAGGAAGUGGAAGCUCAGAACGUACUACUUCUUGCAGGAUACGAGACUACAUCAAUCAGUCUUACGUGGGCUCUCAUCGAAUUGAGCAAAUCUCCAGCCAAACAAGAUCUCCUACGUAAAGAACUCCUUGAAACCAAGGGAGGACAAGAUGCUGGAUGGGACGACCUCAUGACAUCUGACAAAUCGCCGUAUUUGGAUGCUGUCGUUCAUGAGGUGUUGAGGUUGCAUCCUCCUUUGGCGGAGACGACGAGAGUCGCAACAGAAGACGACGUACUCCCGCUCUCGGCACCUAUCACCACGAAAGAUGGGAGGGAGGUAAUGUCUUUAUCUAUCGCCAAAGGCACCACAGUAUCCUCUCCCAUCUCCUGUAUGAAUCGCUCGGAAUUGGUGUGGGGCAAACGGGCGAAGGAGUUUAUACCUGAGCGGUGGAUGGAAAGAGCGCCAGGAACUCAGGAGGCUGAGGCUGAGGUUAUUCCGGCGAGUGCGAAAGAAAUACAGGGGUAUAGGCAUCUGUUGACGUUUAGUGAUGGGCCGAGAACGUGUUUGGGGAAGAAUUUUGCGUUGUCUGAGUUUAAGGCUGUUCUCUCCGUCCUCAUCAAGAACUACCGAUUCGAGUUUCCUGAGGGGCCUGAGACGAAGAUUGAGUUGGCUCGUGGUGUUUUGCCAAGGCCGAAGGUGGAAGGCGCGGUGGGACCUAAGAUUCCGUUGAGGGUGAGGAGGGUUGAGGAGGAUUAG